GUCCAGCGCUCGGUGGUGCUGAUCGGAGCCGGGCUGUUCCCUCCGCGUCCCCGGCUGGCGCGGGGAGGGGCCACCAUGGGGCGCCCUUCGCCGCCGCCUCCUCCGCCGCCUCCUGGGCGGCUCUGGUAGCGGCGGGGCUCUCCGCCUGCCCACCCAGCGUCCCCUCGGCUCUCUCCCUGGCCGGCCUCGCUGCGGCCCUCUCGGAGCCAUGGCUGCGCAGGUGCCCGGCCCGACGGGCCUGCCUCUCUUCCUCUCGCUGCUGCUCUUGCCGCUGCCGGGGUGGGCGUCGGGGCAGCUCCGGUCGCCGGCGGCGGCGUCCGGGGUCGAGUCGCUGCUGGAGGAGUUCCGCCGCCAGCUGCUGCAGCAGGAGCCCCCGGGCGGCGGCGACGGAGGCAACGAGCUGGCGGAGAUGGCAGCAGGCCGCUGCCGCGGGGGGAAUGGCGGGCCGUCGGGCUUCUUCUCGGCCAGGCCCGACACCAUCAUCCGCACCAAGGACUCCAUCGCGGCGGGAGCCACCUUCCUCGACUCGCCGGGGUCGGUGGCGGGGCCCAGGCAGUGCCUGGACGCCUGCUGCGCCGAAGCCCGUUGCACCCUUGCCGUCGUGCAGCAGCCGCAGCAGUCGCCCGCCGCGCUACGCUGCUACCUCUUCAACUGCACCUACCGCGGCCGCGCCGUCUGCCUCUUCUCCCCGCAGCGCGGCUACAGCAGCUACGGCCUGGAGCCCAGCAGCCGCCCGUCCGCCCCGGGUAAGAAGGGGCCUUCAGUCCGAGGCAGCCGCCUUGGGGACGAGGCGCUUUUCGGGGGCCCGGGAGGCUCUUGGAAACGGAGCGGUUUAAGGCCUGGAACUGAGCCAUGGCUGAUGGUGCUCACCUUAGACUUGUACCAGGGAGGAAAUGGCAGUCGCUACAGGGUGGCCUUGUUUACAUACUAGAGCUUCUGUCGGCGGCGGAGACGAAGGGGCCGGUUGGGGCGGGAAGCAGAAAGAGGGCAGCUCUUUCUCCUAUGGUGACCCCAUAGAUGGAGUGAGAUGAAUCUUUGUACAGUAUAUAUUAUGUAGGCACCCACUGUGCUUCAGGCAGGCAGAGUGCAUCUUUGUGCCAUACCCUUUUUCUGCCUGGGCCCCCUUAAUUGAUUGAUUGAUUGAUCAUUUAUGUAUUUAGUAUACCACCCUUCACCUGCAGAUCACAGGGUGGUUCACAACAUCGUGUCCCUGUUACAGGCCCAUGUAGUGGGGAGCAAGAUGGUGGGCUUCUCCUUUUUUUAUUUCCGUCUCAGCCCAACCUCUGCUCUUGUUCGAAAAGUAUACAUAAAGCUGACAAAGUGGCAAAAGUGUCGCUCACUUCUCCUCUCCUCUCUCAAUUCUGUGGGUGAUAUCCAACUGAGGGGUAAGCAACAUGACAUCCUCUGGAUGUUGCUGGACUACAACUCCCAUCACUCGUGCUGGCUGGGGUUGAUGAAUCUAACAACAUCUAGUGGGCACCACCUUGGCUACCCCUGAACUAACAUACAGUGGUACCUAGGGUUAAGUACUUAAUUCGUUCUGGAGGUCCGUUCUUAACCUGAAACUGUUCUUAACCUGAAGCACCACUUUAGCUAAUGGGGCCUCCUGCUGCUGCUGCGCCGCCGGAGCAUGAUUUCUGUUCUCAUCCUGAAGCAAAGUUCUUAACCUGAAGCACUAUUUCUGGGUUAGCGGAGUCUGUAACCUGAAGCGUAGGUAACCUGAAGCGUAGGUAACCCAAAGUACCACUGUAUAUUUAGAGGAGACCCAUUGAGAUAAGUGUCCUUGGAUUUCACUGGGUCUGCUCCAAGUAGGAUUUAGGUCAACAUCACUCUCUGGGUGGUAUUCAACUAAGUUUUACUCAGAGUGGACCUGUUGAAAUUAAGGAGCCUACCUUAGUCAUAUUCAUUCAUUUCAGUGGGUCUACUCAGAGUAAAACUUAGUUGAAUACCACCCAGUGUAUUGUUAAGGUCCUUCAUGAACACACAAAGGCAUGCAUGAAUUUCCUUCCACAACACGUAGCCGCAGUGCUUUUGCAUUGGUGUCAAGCAGCUCCCAGUCAAAGACUCUCUGCCCACUCAGGUGGGGAUGACACAGUGUCUGUGUCAUUGGCGGCAGCCCUUACAGAAGCAUGACUCACUUGCUUCUCCGCAAGGCACUUCCAUGUAGAAAUUAACACAUUAUAAACACACCAGUCAUGAUGUGCAGACACUGAGGAUCUGCAGUGAAUCACUGCUUUAUAUGUAGGAACAUUGCUCAUGCAGAAUCUUCAAAUGUUACAAUCUUUGUCUGGACAAUUUGUCAAUUUCUACACAUAGAAAUUCUGUGAUGAGUGAAGUGGCAUGAGCACGCAAGUCUGGCAGUUCCAAACAUGCAAAUGCAUGCAGCUUUGGGCAUUUGGGGAAGGGCACUUUCCUACCUUCAUUUUCAGAGCACAAGAAGGUUAUUGCAACUCAUUUUGCAUUACUUACAGAAGAUAUUUGCUCUCUUACAAGUAAAUGGAAGGUUGCAGUUUAAGCAUGCUAGUGCUGAGAAGACAAGGAUGCCUUGAUUAUGAGCAGAGUGUUUUUUUCAUAAGACUGGCGUGAACCACAGCCAGUUUUCAGACGUAUGAGUCAAGGUCUUUAAGUUCUAGAGAAAAAUGUGAGUACUCUCAGGCAAGCUAUCUCUUUUCUUUCUUUUUAAUUUGGUAAAAAGCAGGGAGAGAAACAUGCCUGGACUGAGAGGUCCAUGCCUCUGCUUCUAUUCUUCAACAAGUUUAUUGCAUUCGCUAGCAGAGAGAGCUAGUGAAUGGAAAAGAGAAGUGAACUGCUGCAGCAACAACCGCACCUCUGCUCAGACUGGCAAGGGACCAGCACCAAGUGACUUCUAUGUUUGUCCAUUAAAGAGUGAGGAUUUUCACCCCUUGGGAGGCUGUGGCAGCAGCUUCCCCAGAGAAAGGGGCAUUGAGAGCCCUCAAAAGUUCCAUAAAGGCUGCAUGAAAACUGAGUAGGAUCUCUGUGUGGCCUUCUCAGUCCUCUCCUUCCAGUCCAAUGAGUAUGCCUGCCUCCCUUCUCUUUCCCAUCUCACAGUGCUGUGCCUUCACCAUCCAGGUGUGUUUCUGUGAAGGCACUUGUGUGCCAGAAGAGAACUCAAAACUUGCCAGGGAUGUGUGCUCUCUUUUCUUUUAGUAACCGGAUUGCUUUUCUUUUAUUUAGAAGCUGAUGAGCCUCCUCUCAGCAAGGCAGGGAAAGACAUUAUGCUUCAGUUGCCCAUUAACUGGGUGAUUCUAGAUGGCCGAGAAAGUAGAGAUGACCAUGGAAUCAUACAGUAUGAGUGGAGACUGCUUCAAGGUGCCCCUUCAGUUGAUAUGAAGGUACCUAUAACUUUGUAGUGCAAGUUAAUUAUUUGCUAAAUUUGGUCCUGGUAUUGUGAAAAUAACAAUGUGAACUUUUCAGAGUGCAAUCAGAUAAAAUCCAUACUGAGAUGUUUUGGAGACUGUAGACUGUUUAGUUGAUAUUCAUUUCUCAAAGCUGGUAUUUGUCAGGAAAUUGGGUUUCUACACAUAUACAUAUACUGUAUGUAUAUAUUACAAAUAUAUUACGAAUAUGGGCAUUAAGCCUUAAAAGAACAUGCCUUGCAAACAUUCCUUCCUCAUAUUAUGCAUAAGGGAAUGAAUAUGUGCUUACUAUUAUCAUAUAUGGAAUCCUGCUGUUUGGGUUUAUUAUUUAGCCCUGCAGUUGGCAUGAAAUCUUCAUUCAAAAGGAAGAAGUUGAAAUGGGUUGAUCACCUUUCUGUUUAUUUUUUGAUAUUACUCUUAGGAUACCACUGCACUUCUUAUGGUCAAAUAUUUAUUUUCUGGGCCUGUGCUCUUUGCUACCAAAAGAGCACUGGUCCAAUAUGCUGAUGCUUUACUGUGUUUUUACACUACCACUACUCACUGUUUCCAAGUCUCUCUUUCUCUAUAUAUUCUUAUCAGCUGCUUGGCAGACUUUCAGGUCUAUGCUUGUGUCAAAGCAUGGAUGCUGGCUUCAUUCAGUAGCAUUCUGCGGGCUUUUGACUGUGUUACUAUAAAAUAGCAAGGGUGUGAGGAGGAGGACUUGGUCAAUUAAUGCCUUGGUUUCUUUGGGACAGGUACCACAACCUGGAACUCUGAAGCUCUCUCAUUUGCAAGAAGGGAAAUACAUGCUGGAGCUGACCGUGACAGACACGGCUGGCCAAAGAAGCUCAGAUAAUGUCUCAGUGACCGUACUUCCAGUGGGUCACUCCAUGUUAGGUGAGAAAACGGUUGAAAUAAUAUUUUUGCAACCAUAUGGUAUCUGUCAAGCACUGUGAACUGAAGAAGAGAAUGAGAAGUCUCAUCGCACAAGCAAACUUACACUUGUGCAAUGUUGAUAUUGCCCAUAAUUAUGAAAUUGACAGAGCUUACUCUCUAAUGAUGAGGGGAGAAAGGGUGUGCCAUUAAGAGCUAUCGUAAUGCUUUUGUUUAUUAUGUAUUAUGUUGUUGCUGCUAUCAUUAUCAUUAUUUCAUUUAUAUGCCACAAUGCCAAAGUAGGCUUGUAAGUGGCUUUAGAAUUUAUUUAUUUAUUUAUUUAGUUAGUUAGUUAGUUAGUUAUUUAUUAAACCAUUUUUGGUGAAGGGCGGUAUAAUAAUCUCAUAAUGUAUAGUUUCUGUAACUCCCAUUCCAGCAUUUCCAGUUUUAAACAACUCAGUUUAGUGGUUCUCUUUUCAUGUAACUUGAGAGUUGGUUUGUUACAGGAUGUUUUGGGGUAUGUUCGCGCUACCAGUUCCUCUGUGAUGAUGGUUGCUGCAUUGAUAUCACCUAUGCCUGUGAUGGAGAAGAGCAGUGUCUGGAUGGGUCUGAUGAAGCUUUUUGUCAGAAAUGUGAGUAAACAGCACAUUGAGUUUACACGCAUCUUUUACUUAUGUACCUUCAAACGGACAUUCUUCCUCUACAGCCUUGCAGAGGAAAAAUAUCUGUUGACAGGAGGGGUUUGAAUUCAAACCACACCUGCAGAUGGGAAAUUUCAAUGGGGCUUGCUCUCACCAGCAAUCUCCUGAUCAGCAUUGCAAGUGAGCUCCUUUGAAAGUGCAUUCUCAGUGUCAGUCAUCUGAUUAUUUGAGUGUUUAAACAACACACACACACACACACACCAUAAAGACAAUGUCUGUGUUUUAAUUUAUUCAGUUACUUCAGGACAAAAGACAAUAACUCACCCAGCCACUAGCUUCAUCCAGCAAAACAGCAUUGGACAAACUAACGAUGUCAACAAGGAACUUGCAUUUGAAAUCACCCAGAAAACUACUGUAAGCAAUCAAGCAUCUGAUGCAGACAAGAUCAACAAAUCAUCCUCUCAGGGACCAAAGAAACAAAUUACUGGGUUAAUGCCAGGUAUAAUGAAUAUACCUUAAAUAUCUCUGACAUUAGCACACUGCAAGUUUGAUGUCAUGUUUUGCAGCAUUAGUAUAGUUCUCAGCAUGCCUCUUCCUAAGCACAUAUAACCAAUACAGGCAAUACUAUGUUGCUAAGCACCUGUACUUGCAAGACUAACUUGGACAAAAAUAAAGACCACCCUCCGGUGCAGAAUUAAUUACACUUAAGCCCAUUGAUCUCAAUUAAAUUUGAAGAAAAUGUUGCAUGUUCUGAGCCUGAUCAUAGAAGCACUGUUUUCCCUCCCACGCACAUCUCUGAUUAUGGAAGUAUUUAUCAUUGUGUAUUCUAUGAGUAAGAAAGUGUUCUCACCCUGGUUAAUUCUGGUAGCUCUUACUGUCAUGUGCAAAUUUAGAGCUGUAUUCCGCAUUUCUGAAUUAUCAAACAUCAUAGUGUUGCGCAAGAUUCAGAGUGGCAGGGUCUACGUAGAAAGUCUUCCUUGGCUGGUGUAACAUGAUUCACCUUCAUCUUGGACACGGGAAAGGUUGUCAGAAUGACCCUGAGCCUAUACUUCUUACCAUUUUGCUGCAUAUUCCAAUACACAUUUCACCCAGCAUCUGGCUCUAAUAGGUGCCAUAUGGUCUCUGUAGCCGAUUACCUUUGCGUGCAAAUUACUCUUUUGCCUUUUCUGCCUGUGAUUCAAUUAAUAACGUGAGAUGGACACAGUUCUAGCCACUGAUGCGGAAAGAGCAGAAGUAGUCAGGCAUAUUAAAGCAAAAACAAAAUCCAUCAGUUUCGUAGUUAAGAAACUGAAGUGUUAUAAAAUAGUGACAACCAUUAAAUCACAUACUUAAUGCACUAAGUACCAAACUUUAGAAAAGCUAAAUCCUGGCUUAUUUUUAGAUGUUUUAGAAGACAUAAUGUUUAUAGUUUCUUUUUCCUGCUUUAAUCGCAGAGCUGUGCUUGGUGCCUCCUGCCGCUGGCCCCUGCAAUGGCCAUUUCCCUCGCUGGCAUUUUGAUGCUUUUUCUGGCACUUGCAUACAUUUCGUCUAUGGCGGCUGCAAAGGCAAUGAAAACAACUUCCUUCAAGAAUCAGACUGCCUUGCUGAAUGUGUAAAAGCUCAUGGUAAUAAUCAGUCACUUUUUUUAGAAGAGGGGAAUAUUGCAGUACAAUAUAGCUGCAGAAUCUCUUGGUUUUUUAGCUCAGAAUAAGCCCCUUGAAAUCCCGGGAGCUGCUUGAAUAAUCCUCUUAUUAGAUGACAGGAAAUUUGCAGUGGCAGCCAGGAACAAUACUAAUGCAUCUGCAGCCUGUUAAGAGAUGCCGAAGAGGAGCCCCUAUGCUUCUGCUUGAUGACAGCACUCUAUGUGCUGUAGUUACUGGAAAAAACAUAGAAGGAAGGGCAGACUGUAAAGCAAAUGAUUUGUUAUGUAUAUGGAAUAUGACUUAUAGCUAUAUAUCCUGCUCCAUAUUUACAGACUCUAAAACCUCAGGGAAAGACACAGAUUAUAAAAAUGAAAAUAACAUUGUGGUGUUAAAGGGCACUCCCAUCGAAAAGAGCCAUCCGGUUCCAGAAGCAGGUAAUUACAAUGCUGUAUUUUUAAACUAACCCUCAGAGAGUUAGGUGUCACUGAACGUUUUAAUUCCCAUUAAUGUGCAGAGUGGGACUGAUUAGAAACAAAACAAAAUGCCUUAACGAUACAAGCUUAACAACUUGCAUCAUCAAUUAAUCACAAACUACAGGAAUAACAUCCCUGCAUGAUGGUUAUCUCCUGGAUUGGGUCAGCAUGUCCAUGUACCCCUGCCUAAGCUUCCUUUGCUUCUUGCAUUUGCUGUUGUAGCUAGUCUGACAUGGGUGGCACUGUGGUCUAAAACACUGAGCCCCUCGGGCUUGCCAGUCAGAAGAUCGGCGGUUCAAAAACUCAGCAUGAUCCUGACAUAAUAUAUGAGAGCUAGGUUUAUAGUAUCAUCCCUAUGACAUGUAGGUUAGCACAAAGUAUUCUUACAGCAGUUGACAAGUGAUGGUGUGCACUUCUUUUCUGACAAAGAUUUGUUUAAGGAAAAGGCCAUCUAUUCAGUUUCCUAGGCAGAACAAGCUGGACCUUACAGAGAAACUUUUUAAAUCACAAAAGCAAUGGUGGGCUUAUUUCCUGGUAAUGACCCCUGUGUGAGGGUGCAUACAGACUUACAUAAUUUUUGCACAACCACGCUGCAGAAGCAUAUGCGCUGCAUUUUAGACACACAGUCUUCUCUCUCCUAUUGACCUCAGGGAAAACCUGUUCUUCCAGUUUGCAGCAAAUGCCAGCUUUGCACAGCUCUCAUGGGUACUGUGUCCAUGCCAAAGCCUGCAAGGUUAUCCAGUAUGCAAAAAGCGUAAAGCAAGUGUUACUAUUAUAAGAAAAAAGGGGCAGAUUGAUCAGCUAAACAUGCAGGAUGCUCAGAAUGGGGAGGAACACAGGGGGAGAUCAGCCUUCAGCUUGGAGGUUGUGUGCUCCUAUUUUUCAGAGUGAAGGCAAGGAGAGAGAAAUCUGCUGCACUGUUUUCCUAUUUGCAGGUACAGCUGUUUGCAGCGUUGAUAGCCCUAAGCACUAAAUUUCAUGUGACCACAUUUCUUUCCUAGACGUAGAGGAUCCAAUUUUCAUCAUCAGAUAUACAGUCAAAAUUCUGCUGUAACUUGCAGCCAUGGCAAAUAAAAAAGAAAUGUGUUGAAAACUGGCCUAAGCUUUAUCUAGGUGCAUGCUCAGACAGUAAAACAGUGCUCUGUUUAUCAAAGUGACAUAGGCAACCAUCUGGUAAUAUUGCUACAAAGUCUCAAUGGCAAGGUGGUUUUAAAACAGUUUCACUAGGCAAAAGUUACGUUUUUGUGCCCAAGGGGAGAAAAGCACUGUUACAAUUCCUAGUAGCUGCCUGGCUCUUCAAAGGCACCUUUCCCUUAAACCCCAGCACUGAGCAGCAUACCUGCAAGGCACUCUUGCAAAACUUGGAAUUGUUUUACUGGAGACCAAGCAUUCUCUGUUAACUUUUUAAGAAAAUCCUUUUCUAGUAAUUGGGACAGCAACCGGUGUUGAAUGUUUUAAGUGGGUUGACAUUAGGGAUGGAAGAUAAUUUGGUUCAUUCCACAUUUUAAUGCAAACCUACGUAUUUUGCAGUUCCCAAAGCAACACACAAACCACAAGACAGCUGUCCUUUGAAAUUCACACUUUUCCAAAUUUUGUGGUGCAUCUCUUCAACCCAAAACUAUGUAUAUUAGGGGAAAGUGUGUAAAACCAAAAAUGAUAGUUAGGAAAAAUAAGGUACAAAAAUAUUAGGGGGGAAAUCACUGGGGGGGGGGAAUGUAUAUUCAGCAAAAUGGCAUACAAAAAUGUAUGUAUUAGAAGAAAUAUACACUAACAUGCUGGUGAAUUAUUAUUAUUAUUAUUAUUAUUAUUAUUAUUAUUAUUAAUUUGGCUUUAUAUAGCACAUUCUUGAUUAGUUCCGGUGUUAACAUUGUUUAACUGCUUCUUUCUUUCCCUUUUAAAGGUGCUGUCCUCCCUUUGGCUCUUGGGCUGGCCAUCACAGCUAUGCUGCUGCUCAUGGUAGCUUGCCGACUUCGGUUAGUGAGACAGAAACUUAAGAAAGCUCGGCCGCUGAUGUCUGAGGAAUCCGAUUACCUCAUAAAUGGGAUGUAUCUCUAAAGCAGGGUUCAGGUGACUUCCCUUUCCUUGAGCUUUCCUCAAAAAAAGUGUGCCUCUUGCAUCUUACACUUUCCUUUUUUAAAAAAAAAAGUAAAAACUCAUGUUUAAAGAAAAAACGCAGCAGCCACCUUCUAAAAGAUUCUUUCUAAUAUCAGUGGUAGAGAUGUUUGUAGCUGCACCAGCAGACAGACCGGCUUCCCUCUGCCAGAGCUCUAGGACUAUCUUGUGCUUGCCAAUAAGGCAAAUUCCAUCUUACUGGGUUGUGUAUCGGUUCAGUCCCAUGAAAAUACUGCCAUAACUAAGGUUAGCUCUGCGAUGGAUUAAAUGCCAUGUUCUCCAGGAACUGCCCUCUCCUUGUAAUCCAUAAUACUCACUCAGUUCUUUUUUGCAAAGAAGCAUCAGGCAGUGUUACAGCACCACUUUGAAUAUUGGCUGAUGAUCCACAUUGCUGAUGAUCCACAUUGCUGCACCACUCCCAUGUCCCAAGGGAUGGCACAGGCCAGGGCAUGGAAAAAUACAGCAGUCAUAUAAGAUCCUAGACACAUCUAUUUCCUGUUGUGUUGGCUCUCUGCAUCUGGCCUUAGGUGAGAAAUUAGAUUCCUUUGACAUAAAUGAUCUUUCUUUAGCUUCCUUUUACAGAAAGGAUAUUUAUUUGCUAAUUUAAAACCAGUAUUUUAUUUUAUUUUUAAAUAACAUGGCACUAUUAUCACUUCAAGAUUGGUUCAAAUAGAAGCAUAUUUUUCUACUCAUCUAAUUGCCUGGGGUUGCUUCUCACUUGUCACAGGCAUGGGAUUAUUUACAAGCCACCCUGUUAAAGUGCAGAGUUUCCCAAGGUGAAACAUUAGGCUCGGUCUAGACAGGCAGCAAAACGAAGUACUUGGAUCUUAAAGUGGUAUGAGUGGUUUGUAUCACUUCAGACAGUGGAAAAGGGAAGAGAGAUGUUUUAGUGUUCCGUUACACAAAAACAAACCUAGCAGCACAAGCAGAAGGACCGUAGGGGAGACUGCCCUCUGCUAUGAUACAUUUCUAAACACAGUGAGGAUUCCCACCCUUCAAGCAAUCUCUUUAUCAUGGGCAAUGAGCAGCAUUAUCCCCUGCUUUAAACUGAAGAUCAAAAAGAUAAUAGCAUCCUCAGCAGUCUGAAGUUGUACACUCUAUGCUAAUAGCUCAGGACUCUGCCACCUCAUUGUGCUACAGAUAUGGACUAGGCCUUAUGUUUAGCAACACAUCCCAUUGCUGCUAUUGAUACAACGCUGCCUGCUUUCAUGGAGCUUGAAAGAUUCUUGCUAAUUGGACCCUCACAGCGAAGUUAAAGUUUCAGUAGCUGCAUCAAUUUUAAAGCUCAUCCCGUCGUCUGAUGACUUCAAUGUAUGACUGAAUUGUCGGAAGUGUUCGUUAUGCAGUAAAGUUUGUAGUCUGUGUUAUCAGCCUUUGUGUGUGAACCCUCCUCUUUAUCCAUCUGUGCAAAGAAGUUCCCAUCCGAGGACCCAGGUACAAAUCAAUGCAGAAAAGGCACGCAAUGAUUCUGUAUGUCUCUCUUAUUCUAACGAACUUACAACUUUGAAUCCUACCCCAGACCUCCACAUUGCCAAUGUCCCAACCUGAUAAUGUAAAGUAAGAGAUAAUAAACCUAUUUUAUUCUUAAUACCUUGCAAAAUACUUGUUUUCCUUUCAAUAACUAUGUAAACAAAAAUCUAUGUUAGCAGGGUUCUGUGUUGUUGCAAAACAGUGGAACCAUAGAAACAAUUCUAGAACCAUAGAAUUACAGAGUUGGAAGGGACCACACAGGUAAUCUAGUCUGUGAUAGCUGCACAUGCAUUCCUUUUACAUUUCUGCCCUAUUAUAAUAUGAAGUUGUGUCUUAAACAAUAAAAGGAGCCAGUGUCAGAGCUGAGAACAGAAGAAAGGUUCUGGAGAAACCGACUAAGGGGAAGAGAGGUAGCCAGGGCUGUUUUUAUUCUUAGCAUAUAAUUGAUCUCCUGCAUUUCAUUAGCUCAGCCCCUCAUCCAGUUUCUGCUUUAUGUGCAAACUGGCCAGACACACGAAAGAUGGCCUCAUCAUGCCUAGCUGGGUUCUAAAACCUACUGCCUGGGGCUGGGCUUCACUGCUGAACAUGCGGUUCUCAAAGGACACUUGCACCCAAAAUGAUCUCUUCACAUAGCAAAUUAGCAUAUGAAGCUGAGGCUAGAAACCUUCUCCUUGACAGCCAGUUUGCCAAUUACCACUUUGCUAAGAAGCAGGCCUCUGUGGAGUUUGAAAGCAGCAGGUCUGCUGCUGUUACCAGCUGCUUUGCAUUAUUAACUGAUUAAAAAGAGAAACAUUUGUGUUAAGGCUUUGCUGUUAGUUCUCUAACCAAUAGUCCCAUGUACAAAUUACUUGUUUGUCACAAAAUUAUGGUGAAUGUUACGUGACUUUUAACAGUAAAUUGACAGUACUUUCAGG